AUGCCCACCAAGCGAGCGGCGCAUAAGCGCGAGAGUCCUUAUGAGACCGAGGGUCCGGAGGAUAUUCUCAUGAAUGCUCAACAGAAGAUGUCAGAGCUGCGUGUCAACCUAGCUCGCCGACAGGCGGCCCUAGCCGACAAGCAUGUGAAGGCUCUGGAAAGGGCCAAAGAGCGAAUUCGCUCUCGGUUUCAGGAGAAACAACGGGAAAUGGUCCGGGCUCAGCAGGACGCCUUGGCUGAGUGGAAGGAAGCCGUCACCGAGCUCAUCACAAUCGAGAAGGAGAUACAGGAAAGGAUCAGGGUUUUGCAAAAGGAAUGCAUGCACUUUACUCAGCUUCUCAAGAUCGUGGUCGAGGGAAGGAAGCAAGAGGCCGUCGAUCUCAACCUUAAGCAGCCCCGAGAAGAGGCAGGUGCUAGCCUACAGCGUCAGACCUAG